AUGGGGAGUCGGCGGCGGCUGUGUCUCCAGCCCUACUUCGUGUGGCUGGGCUGCGUGGCGCUCUGGGCGCAGGGCACGGCCGGCCAGCCCCAGCCUCCGCCGCCCAAGCCUCCCCGGCCCCAGCCGCAGUCGCAACAGGUCCGGCCCGCGGUGGCGGGCUCCGAAGGCGGGUUCGUGGCCCCCGAAUACCGGGAGGAGGGUGCCGCGGCGGCUAGCCGCGUUCGCAGGCGAGGACAGCAGGAUGUGCUCCGAGGGCCCAACGUGUGCGGGUCCCGAUUCCACUCCUAUUGCUGCCCGGGCUGGAAGACGCUCCCUGGAGGAAACCAGUGCAUUGUCCCAAUUUGUAGAAAUAGCUGUGGAGAUGGAUUUUGUUCCCGUCCUAACAUGUGUACUUGUUCCAGCGGGCAAAUAUCACCAACCUGCGGGUCCAAAUCAAUUCAGCAGUGCAGCGUGAGAUGCAUGAACGGUGGGACCUGUGCCGAGGACCAUUGCCAGUGCCAGAAGGGAUACAUUGGAACUUACUGUGGACAGCCUGUCUGUGAAAAUGGAUGUCAGAAUGGUGGACGUUGUAUCGGACCCAACCGCUGCGCCUGUGUUUAUGGAUUUACUGGCCCACAGUGUGAAAGAGAUUAUAGGACAGGCCCGUGUUUCACUCAGGUCAACAACCAGAUGUGCCAAGGGCAGCUGACAGGCAUUGUCUGCACGAAGACUCUGUGCUGCGCCACCAUUGGCCGGGCCUGGGGCCAUCCCUGCGAGAUGUGUCCAGCCCAGCCUCAGCCGUGCCGCCGGGGCUUCAUCCCCAACAUCCGCACUGGGGCUUGCCAAGAUGUUGACGAAUGCCAGGCUAUUCCGGGAAUAUGCCAAGGAGGGAACUGCAUCAACACCGUGGGCUCUUUUGAAUGUAGGUGCCCUGCUGGUCACAAGCAGAGUGAAACUACUCAGAAAUGUGAAGACAUCGAUGAGUGCAGCAUCAUUCCUGGGAUAUGUGAAAGUGGUGAAUGUUCCAACACCGUGGGAAGCUACUUUUGCAUUUGUCCACGUGGAUAUGUAACCUCAGCAGAUGGCUCCCGGUGCAUCGAUCAGAGAACAGGCAUGUGUUUCUCUGGCCUGGUGAACGGUCGCUGUGCACAAGAACUUCCAGGCAGAAUGACAAAAAUGCAGUGCUGCUGCGAGCCGGGCCGCUGCUGGGGCACCGGAACCAUUCCUGAGGCCUGUCCUGUCAGAGGUUCUGAGGAAUAUCGCAGACUUUGCAUGGACGGACUUCCAAUGGGAGGAGUUCCAGGGAGUGCUGGUUCCAGACCUGGAGGCACUGGAGGGAAUGGCUUUGCCCCGAGUGGUAAUGGCAAUAACUAUGGCCCAGGCUUCAUCCCCAUCCCUGGAGGCAAUGGCUUUUCUCCUGGCGUUGGGGGAGCUGGCGUGGGGGCCGGGGGACAGGGGCCCAUCAUCACUGGACUAACAAUCCUGAACCAGACGAUAGAUAUCUGUAAGCACCAUGCUAAUCUCUGUUUAAAUGGACGCUGCAUACCUACUGUCUCCAGCUACCGAUGCGAAUGCAAUAUGGGGUAUAAGCAAGAUGCAAAUGGAGAUUGCAUAGAUGUUGAUGAAUGCACAUCAAAUCCCUGCACGAAUGGAGACUGUGUUAACACACCUGGUUCCUAUUAUUGUAAAUGUCACGCUGGAUUCCAGAGGACUCCUACCAAGCAAGCGUGCAUUGAUAUCGACGAGUGCAUCCAGAAUGGGGUUCUUUGUAAAAAUGGUCGAUGUGUGAACACAGAUGGAAGUUUCCAGUGCAUUUGCAAUGCCGGCUUUGAAUUAACCACAGAUGGGAAACACUGUGUUGAUCACGAUGAAUGUACAACAACCAACAUGUGCUUGAAUGGAAUGUGCAUCAAUGAGGACGGCAGCUUCAAGUGCAUCUGCAAACCAGGAUUCGUCUUGGCUCCAAAUGGGCGUUACUGCACUGAUGUUGACGAAUGCCAGACCCCAGGAAUCUGCAUGAAUGGACAUUGUAUCAACAACGAAGGCUCCUUCCGCUGCGACUGUCCCCCAGGCCUGGCCGUGGGCAUGGAUGGACGCGUGUGCGUUGACACCCACAUGCGCAGUACCUGCUAUGGCGGAAUCAAGAAGGGAGCGUGUGUGCGACCUUUCCCUGGAGCCGUGACCAAGUCCGAGUGCUGCUGCGCCAAUCCAGACUACGGUUUUGGAGAGCCCUGCCAGCCGUGCCCUGCUAAAAAUUCAGCUGAGUUCCAUGGCCUUUGUAGCAGUGGAGUGGGUAUCACUGUGGAUGGAAGAGAUAUCAAUGAGUGUGCCUUGGAUCCCGAUAUAUGUGCCAAUGGAAUUUGUGAAAACUUACGUGGUAGUUACCGCUGUAAUUGCAACAGUGGCUAUGAACCAGAUGCCUCUGGAAGAAACUGUGUCGACAUUGAUGAGUGCUUGGUAAACAGGCUGCUUUGCGAUAACGGGCUGUGCCGGAACACACCGGGCAGUUACAGCUGCACCUGCCCGCCCGGGUACGUGUUCAGGACCGAGACAGAGACCUGCGAAGAUAUAAAUGAAUGCGAAAGCAAUCCAUGUGUCAAUGGGGCCUGCAGGAACAACCUUGGAUCUUUCAAUUGUGAGUGUUCGCCUGGCAGCAAACUCAGCUCCACAGGACUGAUCUGCAUUGACAGCCUGAAGGGGACGUGUUGGCUCAACAUCCAGGACAGCCGCUGCGAGGUGAACAUCAACGGAGCCACUCUGAAGUCGGAGUGCUGCGCCACGCUGGGCGCUGCCUGGGGAAGCCCCUGUGAGCGCUGCGAGCUAGACACAGCUUGCCCAGGAGGGUUUGCCAGGAUUAAAGGUGUUACUUGUGAAGAUGUUAAUGAGUGUGAGGUGUUUCCUGGCGUCUGUCCGAAUGGACGCUGUGUCAACAGCAAAGGAUCUUUUCACUGUGAGUGUCCUGAAGGCCUCACAUUGGACGGAACUGGCCGUGUGUGCUUGGAUGUUCGCACGGAGCAGUGUUACCUCAAGUGGGAUGAAGACGAGUGCGUCCACCCUGUUCCCGGGAAGUUCCGCAUGGACGCCUGCUGCUGUGCGGUCGGGGCGGCAUGGGGCACCGAGUGCGAGGAAUGCCCCAAACCUGGCACCAAGGAGUAUGAGACCCUCUGCCCCCGGGGGCCUGGCUUUGCUAACCGGGGGGAUGUUCUCACCGGGCGGCCGUUUUACAAAGAUAUCAAUGAAUGCAAAGUGUUUCCAGGAAUAUGUACCUAUGGAAAGUGCAGGAAUACCAUUGGAAGUUUCAAGUGCCGUUGCAAUAGUGGCUUUGCCCUGGACAUGGAGGAGAGAAACUGCACAGACAUUGACGAGUGCAGGAUUUCUCCCGACCUCUGUGGCAGUGGCAUCUGUGUCAACACGCCGGGCAGCUUCGAGUGUGAGUGCUUCGAAGGCUACGAAAGCGGCUUCAUGAUGAUGAAGAGCUGCAUGGACAUUGACGAAUGUGAACGUAACCCUCUCCUUUGUAGGGGUGGCACCUGUGUGAACACCGAGGGUAGCUUUCAGUGUGACUGCCCACUGGGACACGAGCUGUCACCAUCACGUGAGGACUGUGUGGAUCUCAAUGAGUGCUCCCUGAGCGACAAUCUGUGCAGAAAUGGGAAGUGUGUGAACAUGAUUGGAACCUACCAGUGCUCUUGCAAUCCUGGAUACCAGGCCACGCCAGACCGCCAGGGCUGUACAGAUAUCGACGAAUGUAUGAUAAUGAACGGAGGCUGUGACACCCAGUGCUCUAACUCGGAAGGGAGCUACGAGUGCAGCUGCAGUGAGGGUUACGCCCUGAUGCCGGACGGCAGGUCGUGUGCAGAUAUUGAUGAAUGUGAGAACAAUCCUGAUAUCUGCGAUGGCGGCCAGUGUACCAACAUCCCCGGAGAGUAUCGCUGCCUCUGUUACGACGGCUUCAUGGCGUCCAUGGACAUGAAAACCUGCAUUGAUGUGAAUGAGUGUGACCUGAACUCCAACAUCUGCAUGUUUGGGGAAUGUGAGAACACAAAGGGAUCCUUCAUCUGCCACUGUCAGCUGGGCUACUCCAUGAAGAAGGGGACCACGGGGUGCACAGACGUGGAUGAGUGUGAAAUUGGAGCUCACAACUGUGACAUGCACGCUUCGUGUCUGAAUGUCCCAGGAAGCUUCAAAUGUAGCUGCAGAGAAGGCUGGGUUGGAAAUGGCAUCAAAUGUAUUGAUCUGGAUGAAUGUUCUAACGGAACCCACCAAUGUAGCAUAAACGCUCAGUGUGUGAACACCCCAGGCUCAUACCGGUGUGCCUGCUCCGAGGGUUUCACUGGAGAUGGCUUUACCUGCUCAGAUGUGGAUGAGUGCGCCGAGAACAUAAAUCUCUGUGAGAACGGACAGUGCCUCAACGUCCCGGGCGCCUACCGGUGCGAGUGUGAGAUGGGCUUCACGCCAGCCUCAGACAGCAGGUCCUGCCAAGAUAUUGAUGAAUGCUCCUUCCAAAAUAUCUGUGUUUUUGGAACAUGUAACAACUUGCCUGGAAUGUUUCACUGUAUCUGCGAUGAUGGCUACGAACUGGACAGGACAGGAGGGAACUGUACAGAUAUUGAUGAGUGUGCAGAUCCCAUAAACUGUGUCAACGGCUUAUGUGUCAACACUCCCGGUCGCUAUGAGUGUAACUGCCCCCCUGAUUUUCAGCUGAACCCCACGGGUGUGGGUUGUGUUGACAACCGUGUGGGCAACUGCUACCUGAAGUUUGGCCCCCGGGGAGACGGGAGUCUGUCGUGCAACACGGAGAUCGGGGUCGGCGUCAGCCGCUCCUCCUGCUGCUGCUCGUUGGGAAAGGCCUGGGGAAACCCCUGCGAGACGUGCCCCCCGGUCAACAGCACUGAAUAUUACACCCUCUGUCCCGGAGGUGAAGGUUUCAGACCUAACCCCAUCACCAUCAUCCUGGAAGACAUUGACGAAUGCCAGGAGUUACCGGGGCUCUGCCAGGGUGGAAAUUGCAUCAACACUUUCGGGAGCUUCCAGUGUGAGUGCCCACAAGGCUACUACCUCAGCGAGGAGGCCCGCAUCUGUGAAGAUAUCGAUGAGUGUUUUGUACAUCCUGGAGUGUGUGGGCCGGGUACCUGCUACAAUACCCUGGGAAAUUAUACCUGCAUUUGCCCACCUGAAUACAUGCAGGUCAAUGGGGGCCACAACUGCAUGGACAUGAGGAAAAGCUUUUGCUACCGAAGCUAUAAUGGAACCACUUGUGAGAAUGAACUGCCUUUUAAUGUGACAAAGAGAAUGUGCUGCUGUACCUAUAAUGUGGGCAAAGCCUGGAACAAACCCUGUGAACCCUGCCCAACCCCAGGCACUGCUGACUUUAAAACGAUAUGUGGAAAUAUUCCUGGGUUCACCUUUGAUAUUCACACAGGAAAAGCUGUUGACAUCGAUGAAUGUAAAGAGAUUCCAGGCAUUUGUGCAAAUGGAGUGUGCAUUAACCAGAUUGGCAGCUUCCGCUGUGAGUGCCCGACGGGAUUCAGUUACAAUGACCUGCUCUUGGUCUGUGAAGAUAUUGACGAGUGCAGCAAUGGUGAUAAUCUCUGCCAGCGCAACGCAGACUGCAUCAAUAGUCCUGGCAGCUACCGCUGUGAAUGUGCUACGGGUUUCAAACUGUCACCCAAUGGGGCCUGUGUAGAUCGCAAUGAAUGUUUAGAAAUUCCUAACGUCUGCAGUCAUGGCCUGUGUGUUGAUUUGCAAGGAAGUUACCAGUGCGUCUGCCACAAUGGUUUUAAGGCUUCUCAGGACCAGACCAUGUGCAUGGAUGUUGAUGAGUGUGAGCGGCAUCCAUGUGGAAAUGGAACGUGUAAAAACACCGUUGGAUCCUACAACUGCCUGUGCUACCCAGGGUUUGAACUCACGCAUAAUAAUGAUUGCCUGGACAUAGAUGAGUGCAGUUCCUUUUUUGGUCAGGUGUGCAGAAAUGGACGGUGUUUUAAUGAAAUUGGCUCCUUCAAGUGUUUAUGUAAUGAAGGCUAUGAACUCACUCCCGAUGGCAAAAACUGUAUAGAUACGAAUGAGUGUGUUGCUCUUCCGGGCUCUUGUUCUCCCGGCACCUGUCAGAAUUUGGAGGGGUCCUUCAGAUGCAUCUGUCCCCCAGGAUACGAAGUAAAAAGCGAGAACUGCAUCGAUAUAAACGAAUGUGAUGAAGACCCCAACAUUUGUCUGUUUGGCUCUUGCACCAAUGCUCCAGGGGGCUUCCAGUGUAUCUGCCCGCCUGGCUUCGUGCUGUCCGACAAUGGGCGGAGGUGCUUUGAUACUCGCCAGAGCUUCUGCUUCACAAAUUUUGAAAAUGGAAAAUGUUCUGUACCCAAAGCUUUCAACACCACAAAAGCAAAAUGCUGCUGUAGCAAGAUGCCAGGAGAGGGCUGGGGAGACCCCUGUGAGCUGUGCCCCAAAGAUGACGAAGUUGCAUUCCAGGAUUUGUGUCCAUACGGCCAUGGAACUGUCCCCAGUCUUCAUGACACACGUGAAGACGUCAAUGAGUGCCUCGAGAGCCCAGGCAUUUGUUCCAAUGGUCAGUGUAUCAACACGGAUGGGUCUUUUCGCUGUGAAUGUCCAAUGGGCUACAACCUUGAUUACACUGGAGUACGCUGUGUGGACACUGAUGAAUGUUCUAUCGGCAAUCCAUGUGGAAAUGGUACCUGUACCAAUGUUAUUGGGAGCUUUGAAUGCAACUGCAAUGAAGGCUUUGAGCCAGGGCCCAUGAUGAAUUGUGAAGAUAUCAAUGAAUGUGCCCAGAACCCACUGCUGUGUGCUUUCCGUUGCAUGAACACAUUUGGGUCCUAUGAAUGCACCUGCCCAGUUGGCUAUGCCCUCCGGGAAGAUCAAAAGAUGUGUAAAGAUCUGGAUGAAUGUGCCGAGGGGCUGCACGACUGUGAAUCCAGGGGCAUGAUGUGUAAGAAUCUGAUCGGCACCUUCAUGUGCAUCUGCCCCCCCGGAAUGGCCCGGCGGCCUGACGGAGAGGGCUGCGUAGAUGAAAAUGAAUGCAGGACCAAGCCAGGAAUCUGUGAAAAUGGACGUUGUGUUAACAUAAUUGGGAGCUACCGGUGUGAGUGCAAUGAAGGGUUCCAGUCAAGUUCGUCAGGCACCGAAUGCCUUGACAAUCGACAGGGACUGUGCUUUGCAGAGGUGUUGCAGACCAUGUGCCAGAUGGCAUCCAGCAGCCGCAAUCUUGUCACAAAGUCAGAAUGCUGCUGCGAUGGCGGGCGAGGCUGGGGCCACCAGUGUGAGCUCUGUCCACUGCCUGGAACUGCGCACUACAAGAAGAUAUGUCCUCAUGGCCCAGGCUACACCACUGAUGGAAGAGAUAUUGAUGAAUGUAAGGUAAUGCCAAACCUCUGUACCAAUGGUCAGUGCAUCAAUACCAUGGGCUCGUUCCGGUGCUUCUGCAAGGUUGGCUACACUACAGACAUCAGUGGCACCGCUUGUGUAGACCUUGACGAAUGUUCCCAGUCCCCGAAACCAUGCAACUUCAUCUGCAAGAACAGCGAGGGCAGUUACCAGUGCUCCUGCCCCAGGGGAUACGUCCUGCAAGAGGAUGGAAAGACCUGCAAAGAUCUCGAUGAAUGUCAAACCAAGCAGCACAACUGCCAGUUCCUCUGUGCCAACACUCUGGGGGGGUUCACCUGUAAAUGCCCACCCGGCUUCACACAGCACCACACUGCUUGUAUUGACAACAACGAAUGUGGAUCUCAGCCUUCACUGUGUGGGGCAAAGGGAAUCUGUCAAAACACCCCGGGAAGCUUCAGCUGCGAAUGCCAAAGAGGUUUCUCUCUUGAUGCCACUGGACUGAACUGUGAAGAUGUCGAUGAGUGUGAUGGAAACCACAGGUGCCAACAUGGCUGCCAGAACAUCCUGGGCGGCUACAGAUGUGGCUGCCCUCAGGGUUACAUUCAGCACUACCAGUGGAAUCAGUGUGUCGAUGAAAAUGAGUGCUCCAAUCCCAAUGCCUGUGGCUCAGCCUCCUGCUACAACACGCUGGGGAGUUACAAGUGCGCCUGCCCCUCGGGCUUCUCCUUCGACCAGUUCUCCAGUGCCUGCCAUGACGUGAACGAGUGCUCCUCCUCCAAGAACCCCUGCAAUUAUGGCUGCUCCAACACAGAAGGGGGCUACCUCUGCGGCUGCCCGCCCGGGUACUACAGAGUGGGACAGGGCCACUGUGUCUCAGGAAUGGGAUUCAACAAGGGGCAGUACCUGUCACUGGAUACAGAGGUGGAUGAGGACAACGCUUUGUCCCCUGAAGCAUGCUAUGAGUGCAAAAUAAACGGCUACUCUAAGAAAGACAGCAGGCAGAAGAGAAGUGUUCACGAACCUCAACCCACUGCUGUUGAACAGAUCAGCCUAGAGAGCGUCGACAUGGACAGCCCCGUCAACAUGAAAUUCAACCUCUCUGGCCUUGGCUCUAAGGAGCACAUCCUGGAACUGAGGCCCGCCAUCGAGCCACUCAACAACCACAUCCGGUACAUCAUCUCCCAAGGGAACGAUGACGGUGUCUUCCGCCUCCACCAAAGGAACGGCCUCAGCUACUUGCACACAGCCAAGAAGAAGCUCAUGCCCGGCACAUACACACUGGAAAUCACCAGCAUCCCUCUCUACAAAAAGAAGGAGCUUCAGAAACUGGAAGAGAGCAACGAGGAUGACUACCUCCUAGGGGAACUCGGGGAGGCUCUCAGGAUGAGGCUGCAGAUCCAGCUCUAUUGACCCUUCACAGACUCAGGUUCCAGGCUCAAAUCUCAGCCCAGCCAGCCUUCCAAUGAAUUUGAAAAGUCCCUGACUAAUUUUAAAGAGGAAAAAAAAAAAAAGACUUUUGUUUUUUUUCCUCCCUGUCUCAGACUUUAAAUGUUGACCCUCACAGGGAGGGAUAAUUUAGACUGGUGUGGCCAAAGAUUUGAGUACAAAGGCAACCGUGGUUACUGUAAUUUUUUUUUAUAUAACUUCAUUUUAAAAUAUAUUAAAAAAAACUUAAAUGUUCAAGAGAUCAGCAUAUGGCACUAAAUGCACAAAAAAUAAUGUGAGCUUUUUUUUUUUUCCUGUUAGCAGUCUGUAACACUUUGGGUAUUUUGCUAUAGUUGCUAAUUAAAAAAAAUAUAGAUGUUUAUUUAUUUUUAAUGCAGUAAUAUAUGGAGAAAUGAACAAACUAUGUAAACAAAAAGGGAAACUCACUUGUUUUUCUUUAGAUUUAUAAAUUUGAGCUAUUUCUUUUAGUGGUGCUUUUAAAGAAAAAAAAUUUCAGCAGAUUCAAGAGAUGUUUCCUUUGGUUUUCUGCCAGUCACCCAACUGGUACACACCUGAUUAUUUUAAAGAGAGCCUCACAGAGCUGAAUGGGCAGUGUAAUAACGUAAAAGACAUGAAUGUCCUGAGAUCCUUUAGAAAGGAGAUCAAAGCCAGAGCAGCUCGUGGUGACCACAUUUCACAUCACCAGACACAUCCAGGCAAUGGAAGAUGAAGCACAAACCACUGUAGCAAAAUACCUUGACUGCUUGUGAGACCGUUAGCGUUGCAGGCCAAACCGUACUGUAUUUCCUUCUCCUAACCUCAAGGAACCAUGUGUGCUACCCGCAACACCUCAUUCUUACCCAGGGGGCGCUGCAUACUUGUGGUGCUGUAGGCAGCUGAAGAACCGCCAUUCCUUUGCAAAGGAGCACCUGGCGUUCUGUGUGUUUGGUGCUGUCUUAGAUCAAUGGUGCAUUUACUAUGUUCAAGCUAUUUCGGGAUUGCCAUAUGUGCAAACAAAUCAUGCCAUGCAGCCAAGGAAUAUAUGUUGUCGUUGUUGUUUUUUUAAAUCCAUUUUUUUUUUUUUUAGAAUUGUCAUUAAUACUGUAGUUAUACACCAUAUGCCUUGUUUUAUCAUAGCCUAUUGUGUAUGAAAGACGUUUGUACAAUGAAUUGAUGUUUAGUUUGCUUUUAGUCAUUUAAAAAGAUAAUGUUCCAGGACGUGCUAAUUAAGAGUAUGUAUCCGUGUUCCCAAUCUCAAGAACCUGUCUGUCCCUGGACCAGCGACCAAACCUCCUAUGUGAAAUGGCCAAAGCACACGCAGAUUGCCGGUCGUUCCUCUCACACCUGUGCUGACCAAAGAGAUUAGUAACCAGUUAUAUCCAGCGUUUGGGGGUUUUGUUUGUUUUGUUUUUUUAAUAAGUAAAAACAAAAAAAAAAGGAAAAAAGAAAGAGUGUAAAUUUGUAAUCAAGUGUUUGUGAGGAAAAAGCUUAUGGUUUGGGGUUCUAUUUGUUUUUGUAGGUCCGGGUAUCAAAUAUGACACUUUUCUUGCAAUAAAGCUUAUUUUGGGGUA